GAUAAACAACAUACACAUGACUUUAGUUUCUGCAGUAGGAGUUUAAACUAUUUGUAUAUAGUCUAUGUUAUUUGCUCUAUCCCGUCGACUGUGUGUGUUUAGAGUGAACAAGAGUCUUUGACAUAACCUCAGUGUCUUAUUUAAGUGUCUCUUGUCUCCAUGGGUUCCUCUGCUCGUCUUAGACUUUACAUGAAUGAUAAUGGACCAUUAAUCCUGGAUGGUGGACUGGCGACUGAGCUGGAAGCGCAAGGAGCCAAAUUACAGGGAGAUCCUCUGUGGAGCGCCAGGCUCUUGCAUACCAACCCUCAGGCCAUAAGAGAUGCUCAUCACAGGUUAGCUCUUAACCUGAUUGAGUCAACGAGUCUGAAAGAGAUUCAUCUGGGAUUGGGGGACUUCACGAUCAGUGUUCUCAGGCUUCUCUUUUUCUCUUCCAAGGAGUUUAAAGUUUGGCAUCGUCCUCAGAUCGACUGCUUGGCAGCAGCAGGAGCUGAUCUCCUCGCUUUCGAGACAAUCCCCAGCAUCAAAGAGGCGGAGGCCCUGAUUGAGCUGCUCAGAGAGUUCCCAAACUCUCAAGCCUGGCUCUCCUUCUCCUGUAAGGAUGGGACAUGUAUAUCAGAUGGCAGCUCCUUCAGCGAGGCAGUGCAGAUGGCGAACAGAUGCACGCAGCUGGUUGCUGUCGGAGUCAACUGCUGCUCCCCAGCGCUGGUGGAGCCGCUGCUGCAGUCUGCAAGGUUGCUGCUGAGCCCGGACAUGAGCUGGGUGGUGUACCCGAACAGUGGCGAGGACUGGGACUCUGAGCAGGGGUGGCUGACAUCAGAGAAAACAUCAGCAUCGAUAUCUGAACUGGGUCACACAUGGAUGAAACAAGGUGCUGCUUUGAUAGGGGGCUGCUGUCGCAUCGGUCCUGCUCACAUAGCAGAGUUACGGCGAGAGUUAAAAGGAAGUUGCACGUCUCCAUCCUCGGCCGUGUGACUGGACUGGAAGCAGUGAUUGUGGUGAAGAAAGAUGUCUGUUCCAGGAGUUUAUAAAAAGAUCUUAAUUUAUUGUAAAAUAAAUAAAUAAAUCACUACAUCAAAUCACA